CAUGUAUUGUUUGUUUUUGUUUACAUUCAUACCGGUAUAUUUUGAUAACGUUAUCAGUAUCACUCCUGUUGAAAUUUUUACUCAAUUUUACUCCAAUUUUAGAAUUUUGUUUAAUUUUUUGAGAUUGCAUCUUCACUAUUCCAAGCAUGGAUUUAUCUUCAACAGAAAGCGAACCGGAAACAGAGCUCGAAGAUGAUCUCGAUGAUUUACUACUCCUCGAUUCGUAUCAAAGCUCAUGUUCGACAGCUUCUUCGAUCAACACCACGUCUCCUACCAAAGCGAAAAAACCUCGAAAAGUAAACGAUACCGAAGAAAAAUUGAAGCUAAAAGAGGAGAAAUUAAAACUGAAAGAAGAGAAGCAGAGAGCACUGCUAGAAAAAGCCAGACUCAGGGAAGAAAAGAAAAAAGACGCAGAAGCGUUGAAAAGAUCGAAACCAGGAGAAUGUAUAAAGUACAUCACUAUUUUACUCGACUCGAAUAUAAUCAAUUGCGAAUUCAGCGCUGAACUCCUGAUGGCUUUACGUACUGCCGAAAUUCAGUAUAAGGUUGAAGAUCAAGAUAUUUCAAAUUCUGCUUUAUGGAUACGAAAAUUAGAAGACGACAGUGAGAAAACUGAAACCCAUAUGUUGAUUUUAUGGACUUGCUCGGAAUUUCUCGAUUUAUUAAAACUCGAUAGACUCGAUUCAACUAUUCAACGACAUCAAAAUUCAUACCCUGAGUAUCAAAUCACUAUAGUCAUUUUUGGUAUCGAAGAAUACUUCAGGUUUCAGAAAACUCUCAAGAAUCGUCAGCUGAAAUCAAAGAUAACCGAAGAACGAGUUUCGGCGAAGAAUACGAAAAAAGAAACCCAAUUCACUCCACCAUUUUACGAUCUGGCUGCUGUAGAGAAAUCCAUGAUAAAGUUACAAUUGUUAUUCAAUUUACAGUAUAGAUUCGUUGAAACUAGUCAAGACUUAGGACUGUUUGUUGCUCAAUUUACCAAAUCCUUAGCCGAGAAACCCUUCAAAUUAGAACGCUGCAAGAAACAAGAAACCAUCGAUUGGUUUGCAUCGGCUGACUCUAAAGAAUCGGUUCGAGUUGAUGUUAGUGGUAAUGGGUUAUUAGCGCUUUGGCAGCAGCAAAUAUGUCAGUUUCCGAACGUUGGAUUGGACGUAUCUCAGUCGAUUGUCGCUGAGUAUCCUUCGCCUCAAAUGUUAAUAGAAGCGUACGAUAAAUGUGCUAAUCGAAAGCAAGCUGAGCUUCUACUUCAAGAUAUACCGAUUCGAAGAUCACACGGACCUCUGACUUCGUGCCGAAGAAUAGGUCCUGAACUGAGCAAAAAAGUGUUCCUGUUUUUCAAUAAUCUCGAUGGCACCAUUGCCCUAUCUCAAGACUGAAUUUUCCACAUCACAUCGAAGAUUCUCGUACAUUAGAAUAAGAAACAGUAUCAAUCGCGAAUGUUUUAUACCGCAACAUAAAACAAUACUUAGUUAAAAUCUAAUAUCUGUAAAAAAGUAACAAAUUGAAAAAAAAAAAUGAAUAAUCUUUUACAUCGGCUUCACUCAAUUUAAAUAGGUACAGCAAUAAUGUGUUUUAAAAAAUAAAGAAAUACUGCAUUUAAAAACUCAUCUUAGCUAAAAAUAAGACUACGGAUUUAAUCAGUCUGAGCGAUAUGAUGAAGUAUCACUACUUAUUUCACUCGUCUAUUAGAACUUUAUAAUCGAAGCGUUUAUUCAACGAGUGACUUAUACUAGGUACGGGUGAUUCGUUCAAUGUCCAUAGAGAGUUCUGCUUCUCCAAGUGUACGACACUGCAGUAGGGCACUUUCAUCAUUAUUUUGCUCAUAGCUUCUUCUUUACGAGGUUCUAAACCCAUCAGUUGUCUGGAGCAGGUAUCCAAUGACGAAGCAUGA